UGAACCGGCUCGUUCGUGACCAACACAUCACCAUUCGACAUUACAGGUUUUAUUUUGAAGGUCUUGACCGGAAAUGUCUUUCUAUAUCGUCGCUGUGUUGUUUAGCCUCCUAAAAAAACCUCCACCGUCACUUUCUCUGCUGUUCAAAGAAGAGAGCGGACUCACAUGGACGCCGCUGUCGCUGACAACAUGUGGACAUGUUUGUAUGUAACGUUUGACUCGUGAAGGACUCUCUCUGGGGGACGGAUGGAGGGGGGGACAGCCGGUGGUGGGGACAACUGGCGGAGACGCACGAGGAGCGCGCGAGCAGCCUGCCGCAAACAACAAACCGGAGCGCGAGCUGACGAGUCCCCCAACGUGCUCCGGAGCGUGAGCGUCGGCAACACGGAAGAAGAAGACGGACCUGACCUGGAGGAGGAGGAGGAGAUCUGCGGCCUCUUCAAGCAGCAGCACGGCGGCGCGGCGGAGCAGCGACGGGUCGUCAUGGCGCCCCGCUACAACCUGCUGCGGGAGGUGGGCCGCGGGACGUACGGAGUGGUGUACGAGGCCGCGGCCCGGAAGACCGGAGCCAGAGUCGCGGUGAAGAAGCUGCGAUGUGACGCGCCGGAGAACGUGGAGCUCGCGCUGCAGGAGUUCUGGGCGCUCGCGAGUCUCGAGAAGCGGCACGAGAACGUGGUGCAGCUGGAGGAGUGCGUGCUGCAGAGGAACGGCGUGGCGCAGAAGAUGAGUCACGGGAACAAGCGGUCCAAACAGUACCUGCGGCUGGUGGAGACCUCGCUCAAAGGUGAGCGAGUGCAUGGUCCUCCGGAAGAGCCUUGUUAUCUCUGGUUCGUCAUGGAGUUCUGCGAAGGCGGCGACCUCAACCAGUUCAUCCUGUCUCGACGGCCCGACCCGCGGACCAACAACAGUUUUAUGCUCCAGCUGACCAGCGCCGUCGCUUUCCUGCAUGAGAACAACAUUGUCCACAGAGACCUCAAACCUGACAACAUCCUCAUCUCGGAGAAGUCAGGGACUCCGGUCCUCAAGGUGGCCGACUUUGGCCUGAGUAAAGUUUGCGCCGGUUUAGGAAACACCUACGAGGGCGAAGAAAAGAACAAAAACGUCAAUGUGAACAAGUUUUGGUUGUCGUCGGCGUGCGGCUCAGACUUCUUUAUGGCUCCCGAGGUGUGGGAGGGCCACUACACAGCCAAGGCUGACAUAUUUGCCCUCGGCAUCAUCAUCUGGGCCAUGUUGGAACGAAUUACUUUCAUUGACGCCGAGUCUAAGCGGGAGCUGCUGGGUACAUACGUGAGACAAGGAGUGGACAUUGUGCCGGUGGGUGAGGCACUGCUAGAGAAUCCAAAGCUGGUACUGAACAUACCACAGAAACAAAGGUCAUGCAUGUCCGACGGAGUGAGGAAGCUGCUGCAGGACAUGCUCGCCGUUAACCCUCAGGACCGGCCCGAUGCUGUCGAGCUGCAGGCCAGAAUGGACCAGGUCAUGUGUGCUGCAUGACCCUCAAGCAGAUCGUUUUACAGACUUGUGUUUCUCCCGGGAGCUGCUGCUACAUCAGUGAGGGUCUCACUGUUUUAAUCUGAAGACUGUGAAGAUAAAGGAGAAGCAAAAGGAAAACACGUUACUCCUGAAGUUCGGAUGCUGAAAUGGGAUUUUUAUGUUUUCUGUGAACUUGUUUACACCGAAGCCAUCUGCCAAUACUUUUGUCUUGCCCCUGAAUAUUCUAAUGAAGCCAGAAAUGGUACGUCUGCUGCUUAGUGGGGAAGUUUGGUUAAACUGACGUGGCCGUGAAAGAAUAGUACUGGAGAAAUUCCCAUCAGAAAACACGUUAGUGACACUGCUGAACCGAGGACGGUGCGUCGAUUGACUCCUAAAUUUAAGCUACGGUGCAGCAUUAGUCUAUUAUGUGUUAAUCUUUAUAAACAGAUUCUACAUUCGUACUUAGAAUCUGUAGGCGACGGGACAAGAUGUCGGUAUCGGAAGCGUUCUGGUUUUCGUUUGAUCAUAUGUCCACGGGGGCGAUCAUCACUGACGUCAGAUACACACCGCUACUGGAAUCCUCUCGCUUCAUGUGGCGGAGUUUCUGUUAUUUAUUUUGUCUAAAAACUUCAGUGAAGUCCGGUCUCAUGUCAGAUGUUUUACUCUGCUGACAGUUAGGAUUGUAUUCCCCGUGCUUACCUGCCCCGUGGUGGUGUAUUUCCUGUCAGUUGCCUGUCGUCCCCAACUAGUAAACAUCAUUGCCACGUGUUGCCCUCGUGAGAUUUGACGGCUUUAUGCACUUAACAGAAAACACAACGUCAACACCCUUUUUUCUAUUGUUGGGGGUUUCUCCAGACGUCUAUGGUUGGUUUACAUGGAAGUACACUACAUAGGAGUCAUGGUUAGUUAUUAGGAGGAAGGUGGUGAUAUGUGUAAAGUCGUGGUAUAUGUACUUUUAUAUUGCGAUAUUGAAAAUCCUGUGAAAACAGUAAUAAAGUGAUAAAAUAGUCCCGCUCAUUGAUUCACAGCAUUGCCUACACUGUCCUGAAGCAUCCAGAGCUUUUAAGGUGAUAGUUGCCUUAGUAUGAACGAUGAUGCCGAAUUUGUAACUGGUCGACAAAUUUUUUUAGUCUCACAGUAAAAAAUCCUAUAUCAUAUCACCCGACACUACUGGCCACUGAAUAAUUGUAGAAAUUUUUAGCCUGGGUUUUUUUUUUCUUCAUAACUCUACCACCUUUCUAAUAGGGAUGCACCGAUACCAUACCAGUAUCGGGUAUCGGGUCCGAUACUGUGCUCAUAUACUGGUACUCGCAAAAUGGCACCGAUACCACUUUACUGCAGCGUGACGUUAACCUCUCGUCACCAUCUUUCGGGUCGUCACGUUCCACCUCCCCAAUGGUGCGGGCGAGACAGACCGGUGGUGCGCCCGACCCCGCUAGGCCGGGAUCCCACCUCAGCCGGCGCGCGCCGGCCCUCACUAUCAUUGCGCAACAGUUUUUUUUUGCCACAGACCCCUUGCGCCUUUUACGUGGGCCGCGGCACGACUGUUGACCGGUGCGCACCGAGGGCAGUCCGCCCCGGUCGACAGUCGCGCAUGGCGCUCCGUCACGGUGCCGUGAGGUCCGGGCGGGGAGCGCUGUAAAGCUACUGCCGCGAGCCACCUUCGCCCCGAGCCUUUUCAAGCCGGCCUAGAGCCGGUCGCAGCGCACCGUCUCAUAUGCGGGACUCCCCAGCCUGCCGUGUGUCGCUCACACCCUCCAGCUGGCUGUUAACGAGGGUAAUUUUGGCACAGAAAAGUAAUCAUAUCGGUACUCGGUAUCGGAGAGUUCCCAAAUGUAAGUACUUGUCCUCGGUCUGAAAAACAGUGGUAUCGGUGCAUCCCUACUUUCUAAGGUUCACAUCAGUGUUGCAAACAGUCUCUCCAUUUAGUGCUCAAAUAUGCAUCUCCAGUGAAACUAGUCAGCAGACUUCAUAGUUUCACUGGAGAUGCAGUCGCUGAGCAUUUUGUUGUUUGAGUUUCUCAUGGACAUAUCGGAAAGAAUUUUUGUUCGCAUGAAUGCAAAACGCUAUGAAAGUAAAUCCCAGGUUAAAUUUAAGCAGAAUAGUAGUUAAGGAGUUGAGUUUUUGUUUUUUUAUUUUUUGUUAUUUGUUUUUUUUCGCCCCUUCCGGGUAAUAAAAAGUUGAUGUUUAAUUUUUCAAACAUAUUGUAUCAAUACGUUCAAGAAAGCUAGACUGUGUUAAAAAGAAAAGCAGAAACGUGGCCACGUGAUGGAGUGAAUGUGUUUUUUUUUAAUAAGGAGUAUCUGGAGACGUGCACGAUUUUCACAUGCCCAGCGUCACUUUACCCCACUUCUUUGCCUUUUGACUAGAACCCAGUGUGGAGAGGAGGAUAUUUCAAAUUUGACUUCAUGGACACUCCUUUGAUUUUCUCUGUGAUCUCAUCGUCUAUACCUACGGUGCCUUGAAUUUGCUAGUCAGGUAAAAAUUUGGCUCAAGAUCAGCUGCUAUACUUUUCUUUGAUUUGGCACUCCCAAGUACAUUAUUCAUGGUAUAUGCUCUCCAUCAUUUAGUUUCUUCUGUAUUUUGAGAGUAAUUAUGGAUGAUGCCUAUAAUGUAAUUUGCCCCCAGCCCAAAAAAAAUAUAUAUUUCCAAUAUUCCUAUCUGAUCAUUUGGAAUAAAACAUGUAGUUUUUAAAGGGAACUGAAGACUAAAUGGUUGAACGAUUUCAUCAUGUUUAGCUUCUAAAACUGUGAUGAACAGGAUUUGUUUAUUGUUGAGGAAUAAUAAUCACACUUAAUAACGCAAGUAAUGCUAAAAAAAUCAGUCACAGGCCUUUGUGAGGUGGAAUUGUGCCUGCGAUGGAAAGUGGAAUGUGAAAAGUAUUUGGAGCGUUUGUAAAAGUGAACCGUCGCUGAAUAUUGUGACUCGAUUUGAUAUUUUUUUUGCCCUAAAACCAAAAGUCUGAAGUCUGUCGUAUGUUGAACUAAACUGGGGCCCUGAAUGUUGUAAAAGAAUCCUAUUUCCUUUAUAAUUGUACUACCUCAUGUUUCUGCACACUUUCACGUUUUCUUUACUGAGCCAUAGUUUAACUUUUUCCAACAAAUUUCAAGGCAACAGCUUUUUCUGAAAUGUCAUCACAGUGUUUGUUUGUCGAGUGUUUGCCGUUUUCCUCGGAUUGUGAAUGCAUCACGUUUCUCUGGAAUAAGCGACACUGUUUUUGACUCGUGUCAGUUGCUUGACUGUUUUUGCAUAUGCAUUGUGAGGAAAUGGGUUUACAGUCACACAGAUGUUUGCACACCUUUAGCUCAACACAGGCCAUGAUGCACUUUGGUUCAUUUCUUGAUCUUCUGUGAAAAAAAAAAGUGUACCUCAGUUCCCCACUUUUGUUUCAUUAAUGUUUGAUUGUACAGGGUUGAAAUGAUAAUCUUGAACUGGAGAUGAGCUAAUGGUAAGCUUGAGAUAUAGCCGCUCACACACACAGUUCUGUGUUCUGAUUUCUGAGGAAUUGCUUUAAUUUAGAAGAAUAUACUUUAAAAUAUCAAGAGAUUUAAGCAAACCCUUAAAAAAUAUCCCCCCUCGAUGUCCCGGUAGCUGCCUCUGGAGGGUUUCCGUCGGUGUUGGAAUAACGUACCUGUAAAUGUGUUUGCAGGAGCUCCCACUAAUAGUUCACACGUGUUACAUGCAACAUUCUUCUAUGCAACUCUGCCUCUGUGGAACAAUCGCUGCCCUGGCUGAUUGUGUUUUUAGUCCUCUGCUUCUCAUCCAUGACAGGAACUGUACUUCACAUCUGAACCUUUUGUUGUGUUCAGACGACUUGACCCUUUAUUUCAACAGAAUUUACCGUCCUACGUGAUAUAGUACACGUUACUAAAGAUGUUUGCUUGAAUGAAAACAUUUUAGUUUUUUUUUUUUUAUUGCUGACUUUGUACAUAUCAGGGCUCUGUUUCAAUAAAGGUUGGAAAUACCUCGAA